AUGACUGAAGAGAUCGAUCCACCGUAUAUUACAGAGCUUAUUCCUGAUUCAGCUAUAACAUUGCCUACAAAUAAAGAUAAUGCAAAUAAAAUAAGGGAAAUGGCUGAAAAAGAAGAUAGUGCUGCAUGGAAUAACAUGGCAAUUUUAUUAAUAAAUGGUCGUUACUUCAAGAAAGAUGUUAAAAAAGCUUUAGAGCUCUUAAUUAAGUCACAGAAACUUAAUAAUCCAUUUGCAACUUUCAAUUUAGGAGCUUUGUAUUUGGCAGGCGAAGAAGUUAAAACCGAUUUAUUCGCUGCUACACAUUAUUUCGACAUUGCUUCCCAACAAGGUCUUCCGGAAGCUCAAAAUAACUUUGCAAAUAUCUUAUUCACCGGAAAAGGUGUGACACAAAAUGCUGACAAAGCAGUUAAACUUUAUAAUAACGCAUAUAAGGAAGGAUGCAUAUAUGCUGGAUACGGUCUUGGUAUCGCAGCAAAGCAUGGAUUAUUUAUGGACAAAGAUCUCUUUGCUUCUGCAAGAUACUUCAAGUCAACAGCUGAUUUGAAGCAUGCUGCAUCAUGCUAUGAAUAUGGAAUGAUGCUUAAAAAAGGAGAAGGAAUAAAUCCAAAUUCAAAACAUGCAAUUAAAUUCAUUAAGACAGCUGCUGAUAAAGAAUUCACACCAGCAGAAUAUACAUAUGCAGAAAUGAUUAUGAACAACGAAGUUCCUGAUGAAGAAAUCGAAGAUGCCAUUCCAUACUACGAAAAUUCCGCAAAGAAAGGUUACUUACCAUCAAUGUUCAAAUAUGCGAUGGUACUUAAAGAUGGCGUUGGCGUAGACGUAGAUCUCCCAGAAGCAACAAAAUAUUUCAAAGAAUGUGCAGAAAGAAGAAUCGUAGAGGCCAUGUUCCAUUACGGAAACCUCAUAUUCACAGGUGAUGCAGGAUAUACAGACAAAGAAGAAGGAAUUCGCUUUAUCAAAUCCGCAGCUGAUAACCACUUCUUCCCAGCUCAAUAUACAUACGGAAAACUCCUUUGCGACGGAGUCCCCGGAGUAUUGGCAGCAGACACAGUUCAUGGAGCGAAAUACAUGAGAUUAGCUGCAGACGGAGGAUACGCUCCAGCCAUGUUUACAUAUGGAUACUACCUUAACAACGGUAUCAGCGUUGAGAAAAACCCUGAAAUGGCCGUUCAAUACUAUCGUAGAGCUGCAGAUAACGAAUUUGCCCCAGCUCAGUACAAUUUCGCACUUGCUUUGGACAAAGGUAACGGUAUUCGUGAAGACAAAGCCAGCGCUGCUUCGUAUUAUAAGGCAGCUGCUGAUGCAAACGUUAAAGAAGCAAUGUUUAAUUACGGUACAAUGUUGAUCAAAGGCGAUGGCGUAGAAAAGGAUGACAGAGAGGCCAGGGAAUAUUUCGCAAGGGCUGCGGAGCUUGGAGAAGUCAAAGCGAUGUUAGCCCUUGGUAAAUUACUUAGAGAGGGGGGUGUAGGUGUUCCCCCUGAUUUAGAGGAAGCAGCUGAGUGGAUGAAGAAAGCUGCCGAUUCAGGAAAGGAGCUUGCUCAGUAUUAUUAUGGAUUAAUGCUCAUGCGUGGUGAAGGAGUUGAACAGGAUGCUGAUGAAGCUGCGAAAUAUCUCAAACUUUGCACAAACAAAGUGUAUGGAAUUGAAGUUUAA